AUGUCCAAGCUUCCGGACCCACCAUGUUGUGUUAUUUCCGACACUUUCUUGGGGUGGACCAACGGAUCCUGUAGGGCUUUGGGAAUGCCCCGGCUGGUUUUUCAUGGGAUGGGGGUGUUUGCAAUGGCGGUGAAGAAAUCAUUAUCCAUCCACCAAAACCCCAACAAGUGUUUGACGAAGUCGUCGUCCGACACGGAACAUGUCCACAUAACAGGACUAAUGCAGCUUCGAUUUCCGCUCACAACGGCGGAUUUGCCUGAUUCCCUUAGGCAGAUGGAUAGUUGCUUGUCAGAGUUCUUUGUGGAGGCUGAGAAAUCUGAUUUGGGAAGCUGGGGUGUGAUUGUUAAUAGCUUUAUCGAGCUAGAAAAAGACCAUGUUGCUCCAUUGGAGUGUUUGUACGGGAAUGAGAGUACAAGGGCAUGGUGCAUCGGUCCAUUAUUUUUGUAUGAUGAUCAAAUGGAGGGAGGGGGAAAUUAUUAUGAGGAAAUUGACAGUUUUUUAAAGCUGCAUGAGCAAGAAGAAAAAUCAGUGAUAUAUGUGGCAUUCGGGUCCCAGGCGGAUUUGUCAGACACCCAGCUUGAUGAAUUGGCUUAUAGCCUGGAACAAUCCGGAGAAAAUUACAUCUGGGUCGUACGAUCAAAGACUUGGGACCCACCGAUCAUAGGGAGAGGACUGAUUACUAAAGAAUGGGUGGAGCUGGGCCACCGAGCUAUUGGCGGGUUUUUGAGCCAUUAUGGAUGGAAUUCGGUGUUGGAGAGCCUGUCGAUGGGGGUUCCAAUAUUGGCGUGGCCCAUGCAAAAUGAGCAGCACCUGAAUGCCAAGUUCUUGGUGAAGGAGGUCAAGCCGGCGCUCGGGGUUCCGGCGGUGGGCCGGAACUGGAAGGUUGUGAGGCGGGAAGUGAUUUGUGAAGCGGUGAAAGAGUUGAUGGGAGGAAGGAGAGGGAAGAAGGCAAGAGAGAAAGCAAUUGAGUUGGGGAAAUUGGCAAAAGAGAGCAGUCCAGGUUGGUGGGUCUUCUUACAAGUGCUUGGAUGA